UGAAGGAACGAAUUACGACAAGGAGGAAUUUGAAUUUUGAUAAGAAAAUGAAGAACUCUGUGUCGGAUCGAAGUUUUUACAUCGAAAGUUCUGACGACGAAGAUCUAGAAAAGGAACUCGACAAUGGCGAAGACGAUGGAAACGAAUCGGAUUCUUCCGGCUUAUCGAUGAAUAAUCAGAAUCAUAAACAAUCAAGUUCUUACAAUACCACCGCUUGGCCUAAAAGUUACAGGCAAUCUAUUGAUAUGCUCGGAAGUGUCCAUUCUCCAUCGUUGACUAGAUUUGGAAGCUCGUUUCUUUCUUCCUCAUUGACAAGGAGAUUCACUCCUGAAGCAUUCUCUACUUCCAUAAUAAAACCACUGCUAUCCACAGUAGUAGACCAGCCACAAAAGCAUGCCCCUCAUUCCCAUCUCGGCCUUCCUUCCAGGCGCUCUUCCUUAUCUAUGAGGAGGGAUGAGAAAGACAACCCCGCCAUCGACUCUCAUGGCCUCCCCAUUUCUCGCCAUAGCUCUUUUGGCCAAGCUGUCGCUAAUGGCAUGAAUGCGCUAUGUGGGGUGGGAUUACUGUCGACUCCAUACGCUAUGAAGGAAGGAGGAUGGUUGGGGAUAUCCAUUUUGUUGAUAUUCGCUGUGCUUUCUUUCUACACUGGUAUCCUCCUGCGUGUUUGUUUGGAUAGUAAGCCAGGCAUCGAAACUUACCCCGACAUUGGCCAAGCUGCUUUUGGUGCCCUUGGUCGUGUACUCAUCUCGAUAGUAUUGUACGUGGAAUUAUACGCUUCUUGUAUUGAGUAUGUAAUUCUGGAGAGCGACAAUCUGUCUACUUUGUUUCCCAGUGUACACAUUACUUUUGGCGGAUUCGAGUUAAAUGCGCAUCUUUUAUUCGCUAUAGCGACUGCCCUUGCUGUUCUUCCCACCGUUUGGCUUCGAGAUCUCAGUAUUUUAAGUUAUAUCUCUGCUGGUGGAGUUAUUGCAUCAAUCGUGGUGGUUGUAUGCUUGUUUUGGGUUGGGGUGGUAGAUAACGUCGGCUUCCAUGGCACGGUGACUCCUCUGAACCUCUCAACUCUCCCUGUUGCUCUGGGUCUUUACGGUUUCUGCUACUCAGGACAUGCUGUAUUUCCCAACAUCUAUAGUUCAAUGGGUAAACAAAGCCAAUUCCCUGCAGUUCUUUUCACAUGUUUUGGCAUUUGUACUUUGAUGUAUGCUUGUGUUGCUAUUAUGGGAUACUUAAUGUUUGGAGAAUCAACAUUAUCCCAAUACACACUAAACCUGCCCGGGGAUUUGGCUGCCUCAAAGAUUGCUGUCUGGACUACGGUAAUAAACCCAUUUACCAAGUAUGCAUUAACAAUAUCUCCAGUAGCAAUGAGUCUGGAAGAGUUCAUACCACCAAACCAUCCCAACUCUCAUAUUUAUUCCAUCCUUAUUAGAACAGCUCUUGUAAUAUCUACCUUACUGGUCGGCCUGUCUAUCCCCUUUUUUGGUCUUGUGAUGUCUUUGAUUGGGUCACUGCUGACCAUGCUAGUGACUUUGAUAUUCCCUUGUGCCUGUUACCUCAGAAUUUUGAAGGAGAAAGUACCAUUUCUGCAGAGAGCACUUUGUUUCAUAGUUAUAGCAAUAGGAGUUGUUGCAUCAGCAUUUGGAUCAUAUUCAUCUCUAAGGAAAAUCAUUGAGAAAUUGAAUGGCUGAAGUUUUGGCCUUCCCAACCUCCAUGACUCGGUGGUUGAGCAGCAUAGAUUCUGAUAGGUUUUGUGUAACGUUUAUGUUGUGCAUUAAAUUAUAGGGGAACUCUAGAUUUCUCGUUUCCCUAUGAACAUAGAUGAGCUUGUUCAUCUAUGCCUGUUUUCCCUCUUGCUUGUUAAUGUCUUUGUCUCUUGAAGUUAGACAUCAAUCAGAUUCAUUUUGUUAUGGUAAUGAGAUUUUACAAAGCUUUCCAA